ACGCAGGAAGUACUACUCGCAAUAAAGUGUCAUUUUUUUAACAGGAUAAAUUUCUUUUUGACUUUGUUCAAUCUGACAGCAUGCGAUUAUGCCUUUGACUUUCACACAAAGAAAAACCAAUAUAGAACUCACCUCAAAAUUAAUUAAUUGGAUGUUUUUUGUAUAUUUUUGACACCAUUUCUCAAAGAACUUCCGCACGAAAACACUGUUAAUCCUAAUUGAGUCAAAUUUUACAACCAAGUGAUUCAUAUGGUAAUAUUAGCGUUGAAAACCUUAUCUUAAUUGCGGUUACGCGAACUAAUCGCCAUAUCGAUCGCGUGCCACGUUUUUGCCUUUCCGCACUUCUAUUUCAUGUUUGCCGAAAACUUCGCCGCUAGCAUUCACUUAACGUUUGAUUCAAGUAAUCUUUAAUGGCUGCCUCUUUUACCAUCGGUUUAAUGUACAUGGCUGAAUCCUGAUGUACUGUACUUAACUGUAAAGUUUGGUUUAUUUAGAUGCCUAAUAGUCCUGGUCGACAUUUGGAGAAAGCUUGGCUACCUUGCAUUGCAGAACAGCUUUUGAAGAAAAAACAUUAGAUCAACAUUUGAGAAGAAGGUGUUAUUUUCAUCGCCGUUUUCCUCUCUACUCCAACGUUUAUCACAGCGACAGGAGCUCCAAUUCAGCUGCAUUCGGCAAUGGCUCUUGCAGCUUCCGGCUCUAGAAGGCACACAGUCGCUCCUGAACCUGGUCCCGAGUGGCAAGUAGCCAGGCAUCAGUGGGGAUUAUCUUGGCAACUACACUGGAUAGGACUGGGUCUGGCGUUUGCUUUCCUAGCCUGCAGGUCCUUGUGGGCAGUAAUUCGGUCUCCCGAUGUCAAUAGCCGUUUUGCUCGGAGAAACCUCUUCUAUGCAAUCAACUGGCUUCUGGUAGCACUGGGCACCACAAGGGGUUUGUAUCUGAUGCUUGACCCAUACGAGUCAGGAGAAAACAUCCCUAACUGCCCUUUAUGGGUGGUCAGACCUCUUUUUGGCAUCGCAUUUCCCUGCCUCAUGUCUGCAUUUUGUCUCGUACACGUUGCUUUCUUGGAAGUGGCCAAGAUUAAGCUCGUUUCGCCAAAACUCAGCAGCGUCCGUUUCAUUGGUGGCAUAAUCCUCGUGCAUUUUGCUGUUGUCGUCGUGUCGGAUACAACCACCGCAAUCGAAGCAAACAGAACAGAACUGGUAAUUGUGUGCCAGUCAUUCUUCAUAAUAUGGGGCCUUCUUAACUCAAUCUCAUUUAUUUACAGUGGGACACGAGUAGUGGUUAAAACUCGCAACAUUAGAAAUCGCAUUUGUGACAUGGAAAAGGCUGAGUGGAAUCUGCAGGUGCGUUCAGUUGAUCAAGCUGGUGCAGUAACUGAAAAGCAUGAAGAUACAGCUAAAAGUCCAAACACACUAGAAAAAGAUCGCAAUGCAGACGGUCUAAGAGUCACUUACACUGUACAGCCACCUACGUUUGGUAAUCAUCUUACCGCGGACGCUCGAGACACCCUUGGCAAACAGGAGGUCUCGAGCCAGGAACCAAAAUCUACCAAAAGAAAGAAACAUUGUAAUGCUACUUUUGCUCCCACCAGGAGAGAGCGUGCCUUGCAAAAAAUUGCCAGUAUCACAGUAAUGGCAAGUGUUCUAAGCAUUUGCUGCUGUGCUCUUCAAGUCUAUUCCUUCUUUGGAGUUUAUGGCGCCUAUUCCACGAUUGUGUCACCCAAGCCGUGGCCGUGGCUAGCAUUCCAGACGUCCUUUAGGUUGGUGGAGCUGUCCAUGGCUUUCAUGUUAUCUUACUGCGUUCUUCGCUCAGAUGCUUGUUGUACACGAGGUCUACUUACUCGGUUAGUCACCCUCAAGAGAGAAAAAAAGACUCGAACUCCUCGCAUAAAAAUAAUCCGAGUCAAAGAUCCAGUGCAGGGUGAACUUGCAUAAAAGAUGUCUACUUGAUAUGACUCGAUCUCAGUCAACCCGGAACCUAAUCCCGAGCGUACUCAACAAAGUUUUAUGUUCCGCCCGCAGGGCCAGUCCUUUACUCUUUUGUAUACCAUUUUGACCGAAAAGAUACCCCUCUCGUAUAACUUUUAUGGAAAAAAUGUGCCUCAUUCAUAACCAGCCCGUAUUAUAAAUAAAUCGCCAAAAAAAAGAAGUCUUCUCGUCAUUUUCAUGUGGUGCUUAAUAAAUUAAAUGAUAUAGCCGUAAGAUGCGUCUGUUCGAAAUAUCUUAAUAAAGGCCUUUUUAAAUAACUAAAUGACAGAUUUCCCUAUCCUUUCAUAUACAUCCACUUGUGAAAUCCCUGACAUUUUAUAUACCUGAAGCCUGAAAAAGGUGCCCCUUUCGGGCGGACCCUCCCCGUAUAGGCCAUUAUUGGGAGUACCCCCCGGAACCUAAAUUGGAUGUCUAUCACAACCACUAAAACAAUUUCUAGAGUUUACGUUAAAACAUUUAGAACCUAGCGUUACAAAGGGGCGAGCUAGUGUA